CUCUGGAAGAGGGAGCGCGCGCGUGCCCCCGGCAGUCGGGGGACCUAAGAGAAAUUAUGGAAAAAGGGGUCAGCGAGGUUAAUAUAUGAUGAGCAUAAUCCACCGGCGCGCCGCAAUGCCCCCUCUCCUCCAGUUCUCAAGGAGAUAUACCCCUCCCUCUUCACCUGGAUCGGCAAAGGGGGCUGGCGUGUGCGUCUCAUGGCGCGAGACAUGUCGAUAAUUCACUUUGGAAGGACCGAUGGCGGACCACCCUCAUCGCCUCCUUCGCCCGAGAGCGCGCGUGUAUGCCUCCGGCGGCCCGGGUGUCCACGAAAAGACAUCGUCCCCCCUCACCCCCAGCUCGCUAUUACGGCUGACUUGGGUACCCCCGCCACCGGGUUUCGAGAAAAGGCCCCCUGCAUCAUCGCGUGCUGUCGGAAUUACCCGGGAAAAGGGCCUAGAAGGAGGGGGGAGGUGUCCUGAAUCGCUGCGCGUGGUGACGACGACAGUCGGGAAUAGCCCAGGCGCCGACAUAAACGUCGGAAGGGUGCGGGCAACGGCAGGCCGAACGCCGCGCUCAUCGCC